AUGCUUGAUCCACGGAGUGGUAACGUUAUACGAGUAGGGUCAAGGCGCAGUACGUUGGCACUUCUGCAGACACAGAUGGCAAUUGAUCUUCUCGUCAAAAAAAACCUUGGUCUAAAAUUCAAAGUGGUGGAAAUGACGACAGUUGGAGAUAGAAUACUAAGUGUAGAGCUGUCGAAAAUUGGAGACAAAAGUUUGUUCACCAAGGAACUUGAAAAAGCCCUACUUGAUAAAGAAGUUGAUUUUGUCGUACAUUCUCUGAAGGAUGUCCCUACAGCUCUACCUGAUGGUUUAGUUCUGGGUUGCAUUUUCACUAGAUCUUCGCCCGAAGAUGUUGUACUGAUGGCACCACAUAAUCGCGGCCUGAAACUACGUGAUCUUCCUGUAGGUUCCAUUGUUGGAACUAGCGCUGUCCGACGAGUUGCUACUCUGUCACGCCAAUAUCCUCACUUAAAAUUUGUUUCCGUACGCGGUAAUUUAAACACAAGACUCGCAAAGCUUGACGGUCUUUGGACUCCUCAAAGUGACGAACCUUGUGUAAGCAUCCAAACUGUAAAGUAUGAUGCGAUUAUUCUGGCAAAAGCAGGAGUAGAUAGGAUGGGAUGGUCAGAACGUAUUGAUGAGGUUCUGUCGACUUCCUUUCAUGCUGUAAGCCAAGGUGCUUUGGCUUGUGAAUGCCGCCGACACGAUAGCUUUAUUUUGGAUUUACUAUCACGCAUUCAUAAUGAGUCAGCUGCUUUGACUUCAAUUUCAGAGAGGAGUUUAAUGCGUCAACUUGAUGGUGGUUGUUCCAUUCCCAUCAGUGUUCGCAGUUAUUUCACCUCAAAGGGAAACCGUGAACACUUCAAACUCACUCUCCAUGCAAAUAUUUUAAGCAUUGAUGGUAUAAAAAGUGUGGAAGAGUCCGCAUCUGUUAUUUUUCCAGAAACCAUGUCCGUAGAUUCAAACUGUGAAACAGAUGUAAAUCCGAAUAAUCAUAAGCACAACAGUGAAGGAAAUAUGUCAGUAAGGGAGAACAGUAUGAAGCUAAUAUCAUCUCCAAGCGAAGAGCUGGGACAUUAUGACUGGUUAGUAAAAUGUCUUCGUACAGAGAUUACAGAUGAGGCAUGAUUUUGCUUACCAAAUUUAAGAAUAUGCAAAUUAAAUCCCUCUACUUGUUUGAAGAACCUAUCCUUGACUUUAUGUCAGGAUUGCAUGGUCUUAGUCACUCGAAGAAAUUGAUUCAUCGCAAACGAAGGUAAGAACGGAGAUACGAAAAACUAGACUUUGUGUGUGUAAGGAUGCCAAUAACGAAUGAAAACCUAAAAAGUUAUUGAAUCUGGUUAGUUUAAAGCUUCUUAGGUCAUCAAAUGUAGAAGAAAACAGCGUGUUGUCAGCAACACGAUCUGUGUAGCAGAUGGCACAUCGGUAAUGCACUCUCGAGCACCGUAUAAACUCUAGAAGAACAUGUCAUUCUCUAUCGAUUUUGAGUUUAGUGUAUAAUACUCCACGAAUGGUUGAUAUUUCAGUGAAUGAAUCUGUUUCCGAGGAAUUUUCAAGUUUAUAACUCAGUAGUGAGAUAAACUAUAGUCACUAAAAGUGACUGGAUUGCGGUUUGCAGACUGUCAUAUUUAAUUGUAGGCGUUUUUUCAUCAACCCCAGUGUUUACAGGUGAAGGAUGUUUAAGUUGUGUGAAUAUUGUAAUAGUGUUGUUUGAUUGUUGGUCGGUAAGAGUUUAUCGUCCUAUCUUUGGUUAUUGGAAUAUGAUGUGUCUUUGAAAUCAUUCGAAAAUUGACGCAUCAACACCUGACAUAUUCUAAAUCGACUUUUUUUUGGGGGGGUGGUCGGGGUUUGGAAAAUUGAUCUACUGCAUUUAAAGAUGAUACUCAUAUAAACUAUGCUGGUUAAUCAAGAAGCUAUUUGAGUGUGAUGUAAGAGAACUUAGUGCAAUGGACAUAUGGAUGUGAAGCCUUGCAUUUCAUUCAGAAUUCAAGGAGUGAACAAUCAUCAUCAUCAAAGUAAUCGUAGUGUAUGUCACUAGCUGCAUAAUUAUAAUGGCAUACAAAAUUCAUUGUUACGACUACUCUUCACUUUUGUUCUUUAUUGCAUUACAAUGAAUAUUCGAUUAAUUCUCAUCAACUUUAAUCAUCUUUAGGAACUCACAUCUGAGGAAGAACUCGGUCGCUUUGUUAACCGCACGUUGACAAUAUACAUAUCUGUAGUUAAAUCGUUAAACACACCCAAAUGCACAUACAAUUUGUAUACUGUGUUUCAGAAUAUGCGUGCAACAUUUAUGUAAUCAUUAACUUGAGUAAUGCUAUGAGUCUUAAAUUUUCUCUUACCAUUGCCAGGAUGAUAUGAAAUAAACUCACAGUUUUAAGAAAAGCA